GGUUCUCAACAGCAUCACUGAAGUCUCAUCAUCAUCAUCAUCGUCUCAUCAUCACUCGAGAACAGAGACGGAGGCAUCACGACUCACGCACUGUUGCAAUGAGUCUAAUGCAUUUACAUCAUAUAAUGACUACAGAAAAUAUAGGCUACGUAACGUCGCGGGUGCAUAACUGAUCAAGUGGAUCGAUGGACACAAGAUCAAUGGAUUUGCGCGUGGAUGGAAAGCCGGUGUGAAACUCCAGAGUAGAUCCGAUCUCAUCAUCACCUGAACAGCAUGAUAUAGUUAUUCUAUUGAAGAUAUGCUUUUUUUAUGUUCUUAUAGUUUCUUAUUGGAUCUUGGAGGCGACGUUUUCAUGUAAUGAAUGUCAAUUAAUUUAGCGGAGGUUUUUACCCAAGUGUCUUGAGCUUCGGUUUUCUGAUAAUGGUGUUUAACGGAGCAGCUCCUGCGGGGUUUGACCAGCCCAGAUCUUAAGCUCUAGUCCAUCCCUGAAGAUCUUCAGUGACAUGAGGCUGAUCUGCUCGAGCUCCUCUCAUCAUGGCCAAAAACACUUCACUCUACUUUCGCAUCGUCGAGGGACGAAAUCUGCCUGCAAAAGACGUUUCUGGGACCAGUGAUCCGUACUGCAUCGUCAAAGUUGACAAUGAGGUCGUGGCCAGAACCGCCACCGUCUGGAAAAACCUGAAUCCGUUCUGGGGCGAGGAAUACACUCUGCAUCUGCCCAUGGGCUUCCACACGCUCACCUUUUACGUCAUGGAUGAAGACACGAUUGGUCAUGAUGAUGUGAUCGGUAAAAUCUCCCUGAGUAAAGACGUGAUCGCCGCUCAACACAAAGGUUUGGAUAACUGGCUGAAUCUGACGCGUGUGGAUCCAGAUGAAGAAGUUCAGGGUGAGAUACAUUUAGCUCUGGAGCUGCACAGAGACGCUCAGAGAACCAGCCUGCACUGUCACGUCAUCGAGGCCCGUGAUUUGGCUCCGCGUGAUAUUUCCGGUACCUCUGAUCCGUUCACCAGAAUCAUCUACAGCAACCUCAGCGCUGAGACAUCGAUAAUAAAGAAGACACGAUUCCCGCACUGGGAUGAGACUCUGGAGUUGUGUUUGGAUGAAGGUGAUGAUGAUGAGGGCGGAAGUGUGAUGGUAGAAGUCUGGGACUGGGACAUGGUGGGCAAGAAUGACUUUCUGGGAAAGGUGGAAAUCCCUCUGUCGUGUCUGCACAGAUCUCCUCUGCUGCAGGGCUGGUUUCGGCUGCUGCCGCUGGGAAACACGGAGGACGAUGCCGGAGGUAAACUGGGUGCUUUGCGGCUGAAGGUGCGUUUGGCCGAGGAGAGGAUUCUUCCGUCUGUGUAUUAUCAGCCUCUGAUCGACCUGCUGGUGGAGGCCGUCAUCUCACCAUCAGAGGUGGACGAGCCCACACCUCUGACCCUGCUGGAGGAGGUGACGACGGUGGAGAGCCGGCAGGAUGUGGCCAUGACACUCGUCAAGAUCUAUCUGGGUCAGGGUCUGGUGGUGCCGUUCCUGGACUACCUCAACACAAGAGAGCUCCACAACACCACAGAUCCAAAUACCCUCUUCCGGUCCAACUCUCUGGCCUCCAAAGCUAUGGAGCAGUUCAUGAAGGCUGUCGGGAUGCUGUAUCUACAUGAGGUUCUGAAGCCCAUUAUCAACCGCAUCUUCGAGGAAAGAAAGUACGUCGAAUUGGAUCCCUGUAAGAUAGACCUCAACCGCUCCAGACGUAUCUCAUUUAAAGGCUCGGCGUCGGAGGCCGAGGUCAGGGAGAGCAGCGUGGGGCUCCUGCAGACGUAUCUGAGCAGCAUCAUGGAGGCCAUCGUCAGCUCUGUUUCCCAGUGUCCUCCCGUGAUGAGAGUUGUCUUCAAACAGCUCCAUAAACGCGUGGAGGAACAGUUUCCAGAACCCGAGAAUGAGGAUGUGAAGUAUUUGGCCAUCAGCGGCUUUUUCUUCCUGCGUCUGUUUGCUCCUGCCAUUCUGACGCCCAAACUCUUCCACCUGAGAGACCAUCACGCCGACACCAGGACUAGCAGGACGCUACUGCUGCUCGCUAAGGCUCUUCAGAGCGUGGGGAAUCUGGGCCUUCAGCUGGGUCAUGGGAAGGAGCAGUGGAUGACCCCUCUGCAUCCCAUCAUCCUGUGCAGCGUGGCGUCCGUCAAAGACUUCCUGGACAAACUCAUAGACAUCGAUCACGACAACGUGUGUGAAGCUCCUCAGCGCGCAGUGUUUUUGCCGUCUGUCAUUGUGAAGGAAGGUUUCCUGCAGAAACACAAAGCUGAAGGACCUCAGCUGCUCAAACGCUUCGCUUUUAAGAAACGAUAUUUCUGGCUGAGUUCAGAGUCGCUGUCGUACGCCAAGAGCCCCGACUGGCAGGUUCGCUCCACUAUUCUCAUAACGCAUGUGUGCGCGGUGGAGCGCGUGGAUGAAAACGCCUUUCAGCUCCAGAAUGUCAUGCAGGUCAUUACGCAGGACACGGACGGACAACUACACACCACAUACCUGCAGUGCAAGAAUGUAAAUGAGCUUAAUCAGUGGUUGUCAGCCAUCAGGAAGGUCAGUAUUUAUAAUGAACACAUGCUGCCUUCGUUUCACCCUGGAGCUCAUCGAGGAAACAAAUGGACCUGCUGCCUGCAGCCUGACCGCACAGCGUCGGGCUGCAGUCGGACUCAUUCGGCCGUGACUCUGGGUGACUGGAGCGACCCGUUAGAUCCAGAUGCUGAAACACAGAUCAUUUAUAAAGAACUGCUGCAGGGCCGAGACAAACUCAGGAAGCAGUACCUGGAGACACAGGAAAUGCAGGCAGCGAAACAAGAAGAGCCUCUAAGAGCCAGUCAGCCGUCAUCAGUGUCUGCGCAGGGCCGAUCUGAGCGCGCUCGUGUCGUCGCCGCUCGUCUGCUGGACGUCGUGCUGGAUUUAGAACGAGCGCAUUCGACCUUCCAGAGCCAAGAACCAGACGAGAGCCGUCCGCUCAUCCUGAGCUCAUAGAGAACACGAGAAAACGCUUCAGACUGACGUUAACUCGGCGUUACUGUUCUUCGGCUUCAGCGCUCAGGAACAAGAACUCACAGCAACUGUAAAAUCUGAUUAUGCAAUGUUUUUGAAUCAAACUCGAGUUAUGAAUGUCUGUGGAAAUAUUUUUACGUAUUUGUACUUUGAAGUGUUUUUAUCUGGGUGAUUUUAUCACGAACACCCGACUGUAGCUUCUGAAAUCAGCCGCAAGUGUGUGACAGUCUUACAGUCUGCAUGGCAUUACUGUACACUAAACACAUUCACACACCACGGUUAUUAUAGUUAACUACAAUUAAAACUAUAAAAAACAUUACUUGAAGUAAAAUAAUCAUUAACUUAAAAUACAAAAAACAUAGUAAACUUAUUUUAUUACAGCUAGUUGCCAAAGCAACGUUUCUCCUUUUCAUUUAGUUUGUAAAAUAUCAGUUUAUUAUUAUAAUAUUGUGAAAUAUUAUUACAAUUUAAAAUAACUGCUUUCCACUAUAAUGUAUUUUAAAAUAUCAUUUAUUCCUGUGAUGCAGUGUUGAAUUUUGCUCAAGAAACAUUUCUGAUUAUCAGUGUUGUAAGUAGUUCAUAUUUUUAAAUAAAUGUGAUAAACGUAAAUAUUUGUAUUUAAUUAAUAAGUAAAUACAUUUGAUUACAAUUAAUUCAAUUUAACUUAAUAAAAACAUUAAAGAAAGAAAGAAAGAAACAUGACAGAAGAUGGGAUUGAACAUUGAAAAACAUUUUCAUUCUGUAAGGACACAUAAUAUUGCUCAAAAAUGAGAAUAAAGUUAUUUAUAAUGUUAAAAAGAUUUCUAUUUCAAAUAAAUCCUGUUCUUUUGAAUUAUCUAUUCAUCAAGGAAUCCUGAAAAAUUAAAUGUAUGUUGGUUUCCACAAAAAUAUUGGGUAGCACAAGUUUUUAACAUUGCUAAUAAUCAAAAAUGUUUCUUGAGCAGCAAAUCAGCAUAUUAGAAUGAUUUCUCAAGAAUCAUGUGACAUUGAAGACUGAAGUAAUGAUGCUGAAAAUUCAGCUUUGAUCACAGAAAUAAAUGACAUUUUAAAAUAACUGCUUUCCACUAUAAUGUAUUUUAAAAUCUAUUUUAUUUCUGUGAUACAAAGUUGAAUUUUGCUCAAGACACAUUUCUGAUUAUCAAUGUUGUAAAUAGUUCAAAUUUUUAAAUAAAAGUGAUAAACGUAAAUAUUUGUAUUUAAUUAAUAAGUAAAGACAGAAAGAAAGAAACAUGACAGAAGAUGGGAUUGAAAUAAAGAAAAAAAUAUUCAAAGAAAAAGUUUUUCAAAAUUAUUCAAAUAUCUAAACUAAUUUUUAUUUAAAUAAACAAAUGAAUAAAUAUACUUAAAAUAAUACCAUUUGAUUAAAUAAUACAAAUUAAAAUAUAUAUAAAAAAACAUGAAAUACAAAAAAAAUAAAGUUUGUUAUUCAGAUAAAAUAAUAAAUACAUAAUUAAAAUUGGAAUAAAAUAAAAUAACAUGUUCAUUCUGUAAGGACACAUAAAAUUGGUCAAAAAUGAGAAUAAAGUAAUUUAUAAUGUCAAAAAAAAAAAAAAAAUUCUAUAUCAUGGUUUCCACAAAAAUAUUGGGCAGCACAACUGUUUUUAAUGUUGCUUAUAAUCAAAAAUGUUUCUUGAGCAGCAAAUCAGCAUAUUAGAAUGAUUUCUGAAAGAUCAUGUGACACUGAAGACUGGAGUAAUGAUGCUGAAAAAUUCAGCUUUGAUCACAGAAAUAAAUGACAUUUUAAAAUAACUGUUCUCCACUAUAAUGUAUUUUAAAAUAAAAUUUAUUCCUGUGAUGCAAAGUUGAAUUUUGCUCAAGAAACAUUUCUGAUUAUCAAUGUUGUAAAUAGUUCAAAUUUUUAAAUAAAUGUGAUAAACGUAAAUAUUUGUAUUUAAUUAAUAAGUAAAGAAAGAAAGAAACAUGACAGAAGAUAGGAUUGAAAUAAAGAAAAAAAUAUUCAAAGAAAAAAUUAUUCAAAAUUAUUCAAAUAUCUAAACGAUUUUUUAUUUGAAUAAACAACUGAAUAAAUAUACUUUAAAAAAUACCAUUUGGUUAAAUAAGUCAAAUUAAGUAUAUAUUAUAAGUAAAAUAUAAAAAAAUCAAGAAAUACAAAAAAAUAAUGUUUGUUAUUCAAAUAAAAUAAUAAAUACAUAAUUAAAAUUUAAAUAAAAUAAAAUAAAAUUUUCAUUCUGUAAGGACACAUAAAAUUGAUAAAAAAUGAGAAUAAAGUAAUUUAUAAUGUUAAAAAAGAUUUCUAUUUUAAAUAAAUGCUGUUCUUUUGAACUUUGUUCAUAUGUGAAUCCAGAAAAAUCUAAUGUAUGAUGAUUUUCACCAAAAUAUUGGGCAGCACAACUGUGCACAACAGUUUUUAAUAUUGCUAAUAAUCAAAAAUGUUUCUUGAGCAGCAAAUCAGCAUAUUAUUAUGAUUUCUGAAGGAUCAUGUGACACUAAAGACUGGAGCAAUGAUGCUGAAAAUUCUGUUUUAAUCACAGAAAUAAAUUACAUUUUAAUAGAUAUUGACAUAGAAAACAGCUGUUUUAAAUUCUAAUAAUAUUUCAGAAUUUUUACUGUAUUUUUAAGAAACUUCUUAAUUAUUCCAAACUUUUGGCCUCUAUUGCAGACAUUUUUGAAGUAAUAAAAUAAUAUAAUAAUAAAAUAACAUAAUUACUAAAACAUUAACUUAUUUUAAAUUAAAAUGAAAAUGGAAAAUAUUUUAGAAAACCUAUUAUAGCAUCUCAGUCACGCUCAAAUAACACCAACACGCGCGUUAUAAAACAGCAAGUAGCAUCUGAGUGGCUUUUACGGUCACUGCGCACCAGAAUCUAUUUCGUGCAAUUUGCUUUCUGGCUUUUUUCUUCCAUGCAGGUGGACUAGUUCUUGACCAAAUGAACUUGAUUAAUAUUGUAUUUGUAAUUGUGAUAUUUUUAUAUUUGCACACAAAUGAUUCCCACAACUUGUAAUGGACAUACAAAAGAUUGUAAAUCACUUUUGUGUCUUUAAACAUCUAUUUUAAAAGCCUCAGCAGCAGCCAUGUUCUAGAUUUGCCAUUGCUGUGGACAGAAGCAGGUUAGACCGAAUCCAGGUUAGCAGUGUAAAACCGAAACGAGGGCAGCCGCGUCUCGCAGCCAAUCAGACCGACGUCCAGCGUGUGGCGUCACGGUUGUGCGUUUGUGUUUUCUUUAGAUGUUUCUUUAUCAAUUCUCUGAAUGGUAUUUGGUUCAUGUGGACUGAUUCUGGUGGUUUUAUUUAUUUGUGUAAACAGAAGAGGCUUUGCAUUGUGCCAAACAGUGUUUUUGGGUUGUGUGAGCAUGUGUGCUGGAAAACAGCUGAAUAGAGUUCAUUUGUUUUGUUAUUUUGGCCAAAUAUGUAUUCAAAACAUUUGCUUUCUUGUGCAUAAAUUUGCUUUUGUUGAUUUAAUGCUCAUUUUAUUUGGACGGAGAGCAUCUGCUGUGCCUGUUAACUAUAAAACCCAUUUACACCAAACCCGCAGCAAACGCUCUGUUUUUUUCAAUCCAGUCUGACCUCAAAUAAUUCAUAGCACAUUACAUUUAUGAUUGCAUAAAGCCGGCGUUUAAUGUUUGCAAGAGCCCUGUGCUGUACAUUCAAUUUCUCCGGAGCAGGAUGACAAAAUCAAUUUUGAAUUGACAGGAAAUAUUAUUAUUACCUGCUAAUAUUAUGCCGCUGGGAGUGAGAAUGACAAACGAAACAGCAGACGCAAAAGGUUCAUAAACAGGAACGACGCAACAAGCUUCCAGCGACGAGUCAUUUGUCCACGUAAGUGAAAAUGCUGCACGACACAAUCACAAACAAUCAGAACACAUUUCAUGAGAAAUAUACAGCUGCGAUAUUAACCUGUGAGUGUAUAUAAAUA